CGUCGCGACUGAGUUUUGUUAUCAAAUAUUGUGUGUGGUCCAACUCCGUUCCAGAAAACGCGCCGUUUUGUUGUGAUGUGGAAAACGUGAUUUUAUCUGCAAUUUUCUAAGGAUGGGCGACAUAAGGGCUGGCCUCGAGGAAUUAAAACUCGACGGAGCCCUAUUCGCCGAUGUUAAAUACUACGUCAGCGGCGAAGGUGAUCCCAAGAUUUUAAAUUUACUUCAAGAAGGAGGUGCAGAAAGAUCAAAUUAUUUUAGUGAUUUUGUUACACAUUUAAUAGCAGGCUAUGAUGCGCUGGAAAAUGAUAUAUCUGCUGCAAAGGAUAUCUAUGAGAUACCAGCAGUUACACAGAACUGGAUUUUAUAUUCUGUCAAAUGCAAUAAACUCCUGCCGCCCCACUAUUUUUCUCCUGAAGAUACACAGUUAUUUUCGAAUGUACGUGCAUGUGUAUCUCAGGUAAGCCGUGCAGACAGUAAAAGUCUGUGGGCCAUGAUCACGCUCCAAGGUGGUAAAUGUCAAUUACGUUUAGAUCGAUAUUGUACCCAUUUAAUUACUGGAAAGGCUGCCGGAUUAAAAUAUGAAACUGCAAUGAGACAUCCUAUUCAGAUUGUAACUCCAGAUUGGGUAACAGAAUGUUCUAAAAAAGGAACUAUUAUAAGUGAAGUAGAAUACCAUCCACGACUUUUAAUAUAUCCAAAUAGUUCUACGGCCAUGAUUACUGGUUUUAUGGAUGAAGAUACUGAAAACAGUACCAUGCAAGAAGAACAAGAUAGAACUAAAGCUGUGUUGGAACAACUUAAACAACGGAUGCCUUGGAACCAACCAAGUCCUCCAGUAUCUUCUAAUACUCAGCAUAGCAUAAAUACAGCUAAUGCAACUGUAACCACAAUCCCUUAUACAACAAAUGGGCAAAAUAAUAUUAAUCCACAGCAACAACAUCUUCCACGAUCAAUUCCUACCACGAGUUUAUCUAAUGCUUCCACAAUUGUGUCUUCUGUUUCCGAGCAAAAUGUUACACAAACCAAUUGGUUACCACAAGCUUCGCAACAAAAUAAUGUAGCUCAAAUGAAAUCUGUACCACAAAUACAGCAACCAGAAUUAUCUCCGCAACAGCAGCAACAACAGCAACAAAUGAAUAUGCAACAUACAUUAUUACAACAACAACAAUUAAAUCAACAGCAGCAAUUGUCUCAACAACUUACACAACAUCAGCAAAUGCAACAACAGCAAUAUACGCAGCAGCAGCUUUUAAAUCAACAACAAUCUCCACAGUUAACAUCUCAACAACAAUUAAUAGGAACGCAGCAGCAACCACUUGCACAACAGCAAUUGCUGCCACAACUGCCCCAACAACAAAUAAAUUCACAACUACCUCAGCAUCAGAUAUCAUCACCUCAGCAAUUAUUAACCCAACAACAAAAACAGCUAACCCAACAUCAAAUUCUUUCGCAACAACAAAUGAGCCAACAGCAGCAGCAUUUAUCGCAACAGCAACAAAUUACUUCUCAACAACAAAUGGUCCAACAACAACAAGUACAAUUAACAUCUCAACAGCAACAACAAAUAGUUUUGCAACAACAGCAACAAAUUCCCACUCAGCAACCACAAAUAGGAACACCACAGCAUCAGUUGAACCAGCAACAAGCCCCUCCACAACAACUUACAUCUGAACAACGACAACUUAUACUAUUGCAACAGCAGCAGCAGCAGCAACAGCAGCAACAAAAAAUUCAACAAAUUUCUCAACAGUUGCAACAGUCUGCUCCUCAAAGCUCACAGCAGUUCGUCAUAAGAGACGGUCAAUUACAACAACAACCUCAAAAUCAACAGAUAAUGGGUCCCAAUCAGCAAGGUUUUAUUGUACAAAGAGAUUCUCAAUGGCAACAGCAACAAUAUCAUUUACAACUGCAAAGGCAGCAACAACAACAAAUUGGUCCUCAAAGACCAAGUGGACAAUGGGCUCAGCAACCACCACAACCAUCAAGGCAAUUAAUUCAACUGGAUGCUCAAACACAUCAACAAUUGCAGCAAAUGGAUCCACAGCAAAGGGCUCAGUUUAUUCAAAAAAUCCAGAAACAAAGAAAUUUAUUACUGCAAAGGCAAAUGCAGAAUCGACAAGCUCAACAGGGUGCACAUAUUGCUGUCAUAAGGAGCCCUGGAAAGCCAGUUCAGCCUGGCGGUUUAUGGAUCCAGCAGCCGCGUCCUCAAAUGAUAGGACCGCAGCUUGCGCAAACGCCUGGACAGAAACCGGUUCACACCGGGGUUCAACCACCAGCAUUAACACCAAUUAAUUCUUCCAAUCAGGUGAUCGUACAAGCCGGUCAAAAUGUACAAGGUCCACAAACCGGUCAACCUGGUCAAACGUUCCCACAGGGUCAACCUUUGACUCCUCAACACAUAGCGCAAUUACAUAUGCAAAAGCAACAACAAAUGGCAAGGUUGCAGCAACUGCAACAUCUACAGCAGCAGCAGCAGCAACAGCAACAACAACAACAGCAGCAGCAACAGCAACAACAGCAGCAACAGCAACCAGGUACACAACAGGAGCCUCCCUUGACCUCGUUGCCGAAUAAUGCUCAGAUACCACCGGACCAACAGCUGGUUGUUAAUGCAAAGACGAAAACCGCUCUGGCGAACAUGCUAACGAAUAGAUUACAAGGUAGUGCUGCCGAAGGUAGUGCAGCUGGUCAAUUGAGAUUAAUGACUGCGCAACACAGACCACCGCCACCGCCGUCUCAGGACCCACAACUCCUAGCGGCGUACCAGCGGAGAACCGUUGGGAAUAUCACAAACGGAGCGCCGCCCGGCGCACCGAUAAAGAUGCAAUACGCUCCGGUGAUGCCUCAAGCGAAAGCUCAGUUCUAUGGUCACAAUCCAAAUCUGAAACUGCCACCAGAUCUAUUUUUGCUAGGUUGUAUCUUUGUUAUCGUCGAGUACGACGUGCAACGUCCAAACGAUGUUUCCAUAUGGAAACAAGUGAUCGAGAGACACGGUGGAGAGGUGGAACCGCAAUAUUGCACCCGUGCCACCCACGUACUUGCGAUCACGCAGAAACAUCCAACGGUGGUGCAAGCGCUACGCGAAGGGAAACGUUGCGUCAGUGCACAUUGGCUAUCGGAUGUAGUCAGUAAACAGCAGGUAGUACCACCUUGGCACGCACUGCAUUUUCCAACGUCAUUCAGCUUGACAGAGCUUCCGUGCGCAAAACAGAUCGUAUCAUUGUCUGGAUUUGAAGGAGAGGAACGCGCGAAAGUGAAGUAUAUGCUGGAAGCGUUGGGAGCUAAAGUUACCAAUUACUUCACCAGGCACAACACUCUCCUCGUUUGCAGAAGACCGGACGGUCAAAAGUAUAAGAAGGCUCGAGAAUGGCAAACAGGAGUGGUAAAUGCUCAAUGGUUAACGGAUUUACUAUGCGGGCAAAUGAACGCGCUCCAUCAAACCGAAAAUCCAAAAUAUCAACAAUACAGCCUGAGCAAUCCCUUUAGAUUGGAUUAUUCGCUAGUGCCUCAUCUAAUGGCUGCAUGGAAAAUGCCAAUAAACAUAACUCAGGAAUCAUACGAUAAAGUAAAGCAAGUUGGUCAGGGUCCAAAUUCGAUAAGAAAGUAUAAGAAGCCGCGAUUAGACGGCCCAUUAUUGAAUAAAGACCCACAUUUGUUGGGCUUGGACGAACCAAUAGUCGUUAGUAAUCCUGAUCCUCCGCCUCCGGAUAAACAGCCGAGAAUAUUAUUCUCCGGUAUUAAUCCUAGGAAGCAUGCAAAGAGAAUUCGGGAAUUAGGUGGUGCACUGGCAGCCAGUUGGCGAGACGCAACUCAUCUCGUGAUGUCAGCACCGAUAAGAACUGUAAAAUUGUUAUGUUGCUUAUCACGUUGUAAAUAUAUUGUCACGUUACAGUGGUUACUCGAUUGUUCUGUGAGGAACACGUUUUUAGAUGAAAAUGGAUACAUACUUGGGGAUCCAGAAUUUGAGAAGAAUUUUAAUUGUAAUAUUGAAAAGGCUCUGGCAAGCCCUAAUCGGGGGACAGUACUUAAGGGUAAAAUAUUUUAUGUUACACCAAGUGUGAUACCAUCGCCACCAGCGAUCGCAGAAAUAAUCGAAAGCGCGGGUGGAACGAUGGAAAAAACACGGAGAUCUCUGGCACAGAUCCAAGAAAUGAAUAGUAAUAAAUUAAAUUAUAUCAUCGUCACUCAUGAAAACGAUCUUCAUCUUCUCUCAGACGUUUUACGUGCAAAUAUCAGUGUGUUCAGUGCAGAAAUCGUAUUAGGAGCAGUUGCACGACAAUACUUCCAAACUGAACAAAUCUAAAUAUAGUGCAG